UAGCCAUUCUUCCAUUAUCCGGUAUUCAUUGUUCAUCAAAUACCCUCCGCCCCUGUAUCAUCGCUUUCGCCUUAAAUCUAUAAUCCUCGCACGUCGACACCGUCGUCAACCCUUAAAUACCAAGUUCUUUCUCUUUCAAGACACUCCCAAUAAACCACCUUCCUCGGGGAUAGACCUACUCCAGACGGUAGCCUACAUCCCAUCACAAGCAACUUUAUAAUAUACCACUCGUUGUUGACUAUCGUAUCCGCACGAUCAAAUCGCCUUCCAUCAUGGCUUUCGACCAAGCCCGAGACCUCCGAAGCUUUGCUCAAGACUCGAAGCGGUUCAAGGAGCGCGUAGAAAAGUGGUCGCGGGGAUCUCGACCCUCGGCUGGGUGCAAGUACAGCUGGGUAGAAGAUGCAAUCAUCACAGGGAGCGAAAGCCAACGUGAGAAACUUCGGCCUGAGGGAACUCUCCACCACUCCAAUCGCUUAGCAAGCCAGAACAUCGUCAAACCGCGUGAUAAGGAACGAUACCAACUCCGAUCGAGCUACUCGCGUGCCAAGAUAGACGCAUUAGAAGAACUACACGACCCGUCCAAUGUCUCGCGAUCCCUCUAUGAUCUCUUACCAUCAUCUCAGACCCGACGAGGCUCUAGUAUUUCGGAUAACGUCCUUUACAGCUUCGAUAGGGUUGAAAGUCCGGGCAAACCACUAACGCUGGACGUAUUCGUGAAGACCAACCCGAAGGAGACGGAAAAAUUCGUGGAAAAGGAGUACGAAAUCCUUGACAACAAUGGGGAUGCUCUCAGGGGUCGAAAGGCCCGGCAGAAUCUCCGUCGAAGGAACCACACACCAGCGGCACAGGAAUCUGACAUCAUUGAAGACGACGGCUUCGAACUCGUAUAAAGGAUAUCUCGACUCGCUUCUAGAUCGUAUG